AUGGCAUCAUCGCUCGUUGAUGAGGCCAUCAACUACGUACCAGGUGAAAUUAUACCAUGGCACUUUACACCAAGUAUCAUCGUCGCUUCCUUCUUCGCCAGUCUCAGUGGUACGCUGUUGACGAUCGAACUACUUCAACGAAAGCGUUUGGGCAAAUCACUUGUGAGCAGAGUACACCUCUUUGCUUGUUCGGUAAGCAUGGGUCUGAUCGGUAUUUGGUGUAUGCACUUCAUUGGAAAUCGAUCAAUUGCUCUGGCAGGUGGUCAAAGCCGGCUGCAGCUCGUUUACAGCCCUGAGUAUACUGGACUGUCGUGUGUUCUUCCAGUCAUCGGCUUGACCGUAGCUUUUCAGAUUGCUGAAAUCAGCAUCCACUCUUUUGUCUGGCGAAGACUUCUUGACGUUGCCUGCGGUCUCAUGGCUGGGCUUUCCAUUGUUUCCAUGCAUUAUGUGGGAAACCUCGGGAUCUCAAACUAUACGCUGAUUUACCCAAGACGGUACAUUGUUGCCGCUUGCAUCAUCGCUGUUGGCGAUUCAACAAUCGCCCUUGCGUUAUUCUUCUAUUUCAAAGAAAGAUGGAUCAGCGUUUGUUGGAAGCGUUGUCUUUGCGCGCUGCUACUUGCAGUCGGAGUGUGUGGUAUGCACUUUACUGCAUCCGUUGGCUGUCAAUAUCAGCUCAAGCGUAUACCACCGGAAGCGGCGCCUGACGCGAGAAACACACCCGUCAUUGUGGCAGCUACCAUGUGCUUCGUAGCAGCAUUAUCUUGUCUGCUGAUCCUCUUCUACGUUCGUUACCGCAACAUCGUCCUUGCCAACAGAGCUCAGCAUAUGAUGCUAGCAUGUGCCUACUUCGAUGAACAUGGCAAUAUCAUGGUUACGAAUGAAGGAACCUUGCCUUCACAACGAAUUGCUAAACGUUUUGUGCUUCAAAAAUUUGACGACCACUUUGGCAUACACCAUCCUGUCUGGUUUUGGAUCUGGAAAGUGAGUAGCGAUUGGAAUAGUGUCGCAGAUCUGAUCCCUAGAAUGCGAGCACACCUUCAAAGGACGAACGUCACUACUGGCUACAACACGGCAGCGUCAAGCAGGAGUAGUAUCUACGACGAAGAGAGCUAUCACGAUUCGACUGUCUUGUUUCGAGAAGGGUAUUGCGUGGCCGCCGCAGAUCUCGCCGCACAACUACAAGUGCCUCUUGUGGACGGACUAGGUCCUCUCUACGAUCAGGUCUUGGGUACGGGUCUUUUGACGGCGUAUCAACACGGCCUCAAGGCUCUUGAUAACGGCACUACCCAACAACUAACAAUUUUUGAGAAAGGCCAGCUCUUGUUCUACACACGCAGAUUGUCCUCUCCCGAGAUAGACCAUUAUACUGCGGCCGGAUUCAGGUUCGCUCCAUUGAACCGUGUGGAAGGUGCCAUCGCGAACACAAUGCAGAUCCCGAUCGGUCUCCUCGCGAUACAGAUGCAGCGCGUCCAAGACUUUGCAUACAGGGCGAGUGUGCCUUGUCCUCCAAAGCAAGGCACCUUCUUUGUCUGUCUCGCAGCUCUUGCUCGAGUCCGCGAUAGCUUCCGUGUGCUUGUACCAAUCGACAGGCAAGACGAGUUGCCGGACGUG